GUAUACAGCGAUAACCGUCCAUUCGCUCGUCCGCCGGCACCCGCGUAUGGCGUGCGUUACAUUGCCGCCAUUGUCGCGUCCACUUUAGUUCUUCACACAUCAAUGGUGCCCGUGAUACAUUACAGAGAGACAACGCUUUAACCGGACCAGGAUCUACUAACAUAAACAUGGACAAGGAACGCGCUUUGGAGGAGAUGAUGGGGAAAUUGGGGGAUUUCGGGCGCUAUCAAGGUUUCCAAUUCUUCCUUCACAUCCUGGCGGCGCUGACGGCAGGCCUGCAUAUGCUCUCCCUGGUGACCGUCGCCGCAGUACCAGAACACAGGUGCUGGAUUGACGGAGUAGACAGUAAUGAAACCAUCGCAGCGUGGAAUUCUUCCGAAAUAUUAAAAGCUAUACCGCGUACAGAAACAGGCGCCUUGGACAACUGUUUGAUGUACAAUGAGUUGAACGAAAAGAUACCUUGCGAAAAAUGGGUAUUCGAUUCAAGAUACAGAACAUCUUCUCGUGCCAUUGAAUGGAACCUUGUCUGCGACCAAAGGUGGAGAGGUGCAAUCGCUCAAACUGUUUAUAUGUUAGGUGUUUUCACCGGUGCAGUGUUUUUAGGAGGGUUAGCCGAUAAAGUUGGUCGUAAAACUGUUUUCUGCUGGUCUGGUGUGCUUCAGUUAAUAUUGGGUGUUCUUGUCUCAUUCAUACCAGAAUAUUGGUCGUUUUUAGGUGUCCUAUUUUUCUAUGCCAUUUUUGGAUCCGCCGGGGCAUAUAUACCAGCAUUUGUUUUAACUAUGGAAAUUGUUGGGGCAAGUAAAAGAACGGCAUGUGGAGUCGCUUUUCAAUGUGCUUUCGCGUUUGGUAUCAUGCUAGUAGCUGGUUGGGGCGCUAUCAUUGACGAUAGACAAAUCCUUCAAGUCGUGUACGGAUUGCACGGUCUUCUUCUAAUUCCACAUAUAUGGAUCAUGGAUGAAUCGCCACGUUGGCUUUGGGCACAAGGAAGACCUAAAGAGGCUGUAGAUAUCGUUCAAAAGGGUUUAAAGUGCAAUGGAUCCGAUGAAGUAUUAGAUAGAGCUGAGUUAGUAUCUAAGGGGAAAAUAGAAUCCUCCAAAGUUACUGAAGAGCAGCAGCCGUCUGCCAGCACAUUAGAUCUCUUUAAGACACCUAAUCUCCGUAAUAAAACUUUAAAUAUUUGCUUAUGUUGGUUUGCUAACUCUUUAGUAUAUUACGGGCUUACACUAAGUACUGGUAAACUUGAGGGAAAUCCGUAUCUUAUCACAGCUGUUUUCGGUUUGGUUGAACUUCCAAGUUAUGCAGCAGUUAUAUAUUUCCUGGAUAUUUGGGGCCGUAGAGCGCUCAUUUGUUCUAUGAUGAUUAUAGGCGGGAGUGCAUGUAUUAUUGCAGCUUUUAUCCCCACCGGCACUAUUAUUUCAACCGUUGUGGUUAUAGCAGGCAAAUUAUUUAUAGCUGGUUCGUUUGCUAUUGUAUAUAACUAUUCUGCAGAAUUGUUCCCUACCGUAGUGCGGAACUCUGCUAUAGGUUUAGGUUCUAUGUGUGCUCGAUUAUCUGGUGCAUUGACACCUUUAAUUACUUUGCUAGAUUCUUUUAACCCUAAAAUUCCUGCAGUAACUUUUGGACUAGUCGCUCUAGUUUCCGGAUUUCUGUGUUGUUUCUUACCAGAGACUAUGAAUCAACCAAUGCCACAAUCCAUACUAGAUGGAGAGAACUUUGGAAAAGGUGACACUUGUUUCAAAAUUUGUGUUGGAAAGUCAGAAAAUGUAGAUGUAUAUACCGUUGAAGAUAAAGCGGCUGAAGUAAUGGUUCCUUUGGAUGAUGUUGAAAAGAAAGCGUAGGUAAAAACAAUUAUACAUAACAAAACAAAUAUUUACAAUAAAACAAGACGAUAUUAAUUCCGUCCGAUUACAAUAAUUAAUUACCUAUAUCGCUUUACACUGCCUUAUAAUAAAGUGCCGAGAUGAUUUUAGUCGCUUAUCUAAAAAUGUUUGCCGGAUAUGCCUUCUAAUGAUAAUAAAAUAUUUGUGUAAUUCCAAUUAUAAGAUUAGGCCUUGGUUGAUAAUAUUUUUAUCAUACGAAUAAAGAUUAUUUAAAGUAGAUAGUUCCCAAAGGAGGAACUCUACAAUUUAUACUCGGCAAAAUUUAUAGUACAAUAUUAGCUAGUCUUUAUUGAAAUGUAUUUCUUAGAACAAAAAUAAGGCUUCGUAUGAUAAAAAUAAUAUAGACAAAGUUGUACAAGAUUUGUAUAGAAAAUAAUAUUUAUCAAACAGAAUUUCAGAUACUUUUUGAAAAAUAGACAAAAAUAUAUUAAAUGAAGAAUGGGGUUGAAUGAAUCAAAUUACAGAUUUAUAGCGAGAAACAAAUGUAUAUAAAUUUAAGAAAACUAAAAAUGUAAUUUAAGAUAAUAACAUUAUGUAUUAGAAAAAAAGGAUACUUGAAAUUUAUGAAAAUGAAAUUACGAUUAAUGAUCAGAGAUUAUUUUGGUACCUAUAUUUAUAGUCAUAGAUAGAUGCCUAAUAUCAUGAAUUGUAGUAAUCUGUGAUAAUAUAAUACGAGUAUAUGAAUAUCAACCUCACAAAAAUGCAGUACAAAUUUAAACAAGUUUAUAUAAUUAAUUUGUAUCUAGAUCGACCGGUUUUAUUUAAAUAAUUUUAUUUUUAAACAUUUGGAUGCCAGUCAGGUAUAGACACCAACAUGAAAGUUGAACCAAAAUAACAUUGUCUGCGCAGGCACAAUUAUUAAAAACAAUAGUUUUAGACGUUUGCUCCGUGGUUUUCUGGUACAUUAAAGAUGUCAAGUUUUUAAAAAUUUCGUACGCGAUGAUAAUGGCGCGAUGGCGCAUAGUUCAACUUACAGGGCGUUUACUAUACCAAUCUAAAAUACCUUCCUUAUAUUUAGAUUCUAGAUUUUAUUCUUGAAACAACAUUUAGAUAACCCUUUCACGUAAUUAUUUUUAUCAUAUAUAUUGUGACUAUGUCUGUUUAUGUAUGUACCUACUAUGUUUCAAGUAGUUCUUCUUUUUUUGGAUUUGCCUGAUGAUUUUUAUCGUGAUUCACUCUGGCUAAUGUUAUUUUAUUACUGUUUGUUUGUGUUUGUUUGUUGUUAUUGUAUUAUUAGGUGUUUGCUUGUCUGUGGAGAUUAUUAGAGUUACAACUCUACGAUUGUUACAUUAAUUAUUAGAUAUUGAUUAGAUUUCUGCGAAUUAUAAGAAAUAUUAAUAUGAGGAUAUAAUAAGCUCAAUUUGCACGUGAAGUUUGCAUGUAUUUUAAGUUAUUUAUAAUUAAAUGUCUAUUUUGAUUAUUCAUUUUUAUUUUAAAUAAUCAAUAUUUGAAUAUUAAUUUCCAAAUAGCAAUCCAUUAUUAGAUACGAGUAGGUAAUUCGUCUACGUUGAAUUAAGGUUUAUCUAUAAGGUACUAGGUAACUAAUAUAGAGGUAAAGUUUGUGGUAUUAUAGAGGGUAAUCUCUGGAUCUACAGAACCGAUUUUGAAAAUUAUUUUACCACUAGAAAGCCACGUUAUUUUUGAGUGUCACAGGCUACGUUUUAUUCUUGUAUUCUCACGGGAGCAGGAACUACGCAAGUCAAACCGCAGGGCGUAGUCUCAAAUAUUUUAACGUGAUAGGCAUGUGAUGAUGAUGAGAAACUAUGAGAUGGCCUAAGUAUCUUUCUCCGUGAGUUAAUGCAAAUUUAAUUUAUGUUUAAGAGUACAUUUGUUUAUAAAUUAUAUUAUGUAUACGUCUAGAUUAUAUAAGUUCCUAUAGCUAAUGUGAUAAAAUAAAAAUAAUUCCAAACAAAGUAUAAGUAUAUUGUAUAAAUUACCUACCUACAGGCCUACAGGGUAACUUAAUUUUCAAUUUAUUUAAUUUUCCAAUUUGUUUAAAUUGUUGCAACCUCUGCGGUAAUAUUUAUUUUAAAAGCUUCAACAGCUCUAUAAUUAGUUAUUAGUUUGGAUUAAAGAAUCUGAGGAUAAAGGUUCGAUAGCCACCCGCUGUAGGUGCCUACUAUUGUCGUAUUCCCUCCAUCUAUUUAGAGGGUAAGGGGAAUAUAAGUCCCAUGUAAAAAAUAAAGUUAAUAUUCUUUUUUCAUAUUUGCAACCUGUCUAUAAAUAUAAUUUAGGUAAAUAAAUAAACUUAUUAUGUAAAAAUAAAUGACCAAAAACCUUGUGUAGCCUAAAAAAAUAUUGUAUCAAUUUUGAAAUGCCAAUAAUUAACAAUAAAAUUGAACAUUAAAUAAAAAUUACUGACUUUUGGCGGGUAUUUAAAGAAACUAAAUCAUAUGUUUUCUGUGACAAAACGACGAAGUUUUUGAGGCGCGAAUUCACGCGAAAACCCUAGCGCGAAUUCACGGUUUUCGCGUGAAUUCACGCCUCAAUCGAGAUCGACCACGUCUACCUUUACCUUACAGUUAGCGUUUCAAAUGUUUUACAUUUGUAGGUAGGUACAUAAUACAUAUAUCUACAAUAAAUAUCCAUAGGUAUUUUGGUUUCUCUAUAUCUAAUUAGUUAAAUCUAUUUACAUUAAUCUUAUAUCUAUAGCUACAAAAUAUACCUACUCGUAGUAACUAGUAUCUCUCUGCAGGUAGGCAAUAAGUGGUCUAAUGGAAAUUACAGAAUUUACCCACAAAUAGGUAAAUCCUUAUAUGCUCGUGAAAUGUCCUGUUUGCCUUGUACCCUAGUGUUUAGGAAGAUUGCUGUGAGUACUUAUGUAUAGCCUGGGCCUUACUACAAACCUUUUAAAAAUUAGCAUGUUAUCUGUCAAUCUUAUUUAAGGGCGUAAGUAAUGUUACUUCAGUAAGUGGUAACUACGAAAUAAGUGAAUGAUAUUGGUUGAUGACGUCAAAAAUCACCAUACAAAACAAUCCUGUGAUAAGCUUAUAAUGUCCCUUCGAAACAUUAUGGAAUCGACACGGAUUUAAGAACUUUUGAUAAGGUUCCUGUCUAUAAACAAACGCAAUGUUGCGGAUAAAAAGGGAACUAACAUUAGGACUUCGAAGACCGCUAAAAAUACACCGCGCCCCAAUCCGGGUUCUUGUUUCUGGUUAGGCUAAAGUCUAAUAGUUAGAACUAUAGGAAUACGUUUAAAUAUUUUAAGUUAUAGGUAUUAACAUAAACUAAAUAGAUUAAAUAGAUGGAUAAUUGUUAUGUUUAUCAAAUAUAUUUUUGCAAUAAAAUAAUGAUAAAUAGUAAA